AUGUCCGGCGCUCCCGAAUACGACUAUCUCUUCAAGCUCCUCCUCAUCGGUGACUCUGGUGUCGGAAAGUCUUGUCUCCUUCUCCGUUUCGCCGACGACACCUACACCGAGUCUUACAUUUCUACCAUCGGCGUCGACUUCAAGAUUAGAACCAUUGAGCUCGAAGGAAAGACCGUCAAGCUUCAAAUCUGGGAUACUGCUGGACAAGAGCGUUUCAGGACCAUCACCUCUUCUUACUACCGAGGAGCCCACGGUAUUAUAGUAGUCUACGAUGUCACCGACCGGGACACCUACACCAACGUCAAGCAAUGGCUCCAAGAAAUCGACCGAUACGCUGUUGAGGGCGUCAACAAGCUCCUCGUCGGUAACAAGUCUGAUCUUGCCACGAAGAAGGUUGUCGAAUACGCCGAGGCCAAGGCUUUCGCCGACGAGCUCGGCAUCCCCUUCCUCGAGACUUCUGCCAAGAAUGCUACCAACGUCGAGCAAGCUUUCUUGACUAUGUCCAAGCAGAUCAAGGACCGAAUGGGAUCAUCUACCAUGGGUGCCGGCCCCAACACCAAGUCUACCAUCAAGGGUCUUGGUCAAGGCGUAGAGCAGAAGACUGCCGGCGGUUGCUGCUAA